UCUACUUUCGACCACACAAAUCUCCAUUGAUCCUAAUAUCUCUUCUCUCCUUUGUCUCUCUGGAGAACUGUAGAUACUGUACACCAUCUCUGCAUAUAGGUUUUGCUAAGGUUUGCCAGACAUGAAUGACUACGAGUUCAUAAUCCGUAUCAGCAUCAAAUCAUUUGUAGCCUUGGUCCUCUUCAUGGCGGUAUUAACCAUUAGUAGUACUACUACGGCUUCAGCAGUAUCUGAUGAUGUUCUUGAGUUUAUUCCAAUGAAGAAUUCGAUUGAGUUUCGAGUAAUGGAUGUGGUAAGAGCUCACGCAGCAGGACGAAGACGGAGGCUGGAGCCCUACCAGCUAUGCUUGGUUUGCAAGUGCUGCGCCGGCACGACAUGCUCCACCAUGCCUUGCUGUUUCGGCAUAGACUGCCAGCUUCCCGGGAAGCCCUUCGGGGUUUGCGCCUUUGUUCCAAAGAUCUGCAACUGUACCAACUGUACAAGUACUAGCAGUAGUAGUACUCCUUGAUCGAAGUCAUGUCACGUCUGUUAGAUCCAUCGAUCUAUUCCUCUUCGAUUUCGAUCUUGGAGGUGAAAGGAAGACGAAUUGAGAAGACUAACAGAAUCUGAAAAUAACUAUUGGGGUAGAGCAGAUCGAGCUGGUGUGCUUUAGCUAUAAUACAAAUGAUGACAACCUCGCAGUGUCAGAGAUUAGUAGUAGUAGUACCAUAGAGAAAAUAUUCGAUGUUUUACAAAUCUUUUGGAGCGUCCUUCGUCUUGUAUAAAAAUAUUGAUCACAUCACGUGGAAUACAACACAUUGCUGGAGAUUAUGUACAUGCAAGUGAUUGCAACCUCACUAUCUCAUAUUAGUUGAUCUUGAAUAAUGAUAGU